AUGGAUGUUACGUCUACUCUACUAGAUAAGAGCAAAAACCUUGCGGAUGACCCAUCGGAGGUUCUUCCCGAAACAAGGAAAUUUUUUGUUUCUUCAAUUGGUAAAGCACAUUUGAUAAAUUCCCUAUAUGGAAUUGGUUAUACCAUACAAAUUGCAAUGUUGCCUUAUAUGCUAAUAAGCACCCAUACAGGCAUUGAACAUAACGGAUAUUUACUGACCUUUUUUUCACUCCUACAAUUUGUGGGAUCCAUAUUUUUUGGGAGAUUAGCAGACAUAUGGGGAGUAAAGAAGUCCUUUUACUUAUCGUUAAGUUCCUCUAGCGUAAUGUACCUACUGUUAACGGUGUGCGAAUCGACAUGGGCCUACUACAUAAGUUUUAUCCCGUCGUUUUUCAUGCAAACCUUUCAAGCUUCAUCCUUGUUAGUGUGUCUAAAAACGGAUAGUGAUAAAAGAACGGCUGCGAUUGGAUAUCUAAAUUUAAGUUAUGGAACGGGUAUAAUAUUAGGUAGCUUCCUAGCUGGAAUUAUGGUAAAUUUUUUUGGGUCGAGAGGAAAUUUACUUAUUGCUUUUUUAUCACAGCUAUUAGCAUUAUAUAUAGCUAAAACAUUAGAAGAGGACCCUAAAUUAUUGAAAAAUGCUAAUUUAGAAAAGAUAAAAAUUAAGGAAAUUUUUACAAGUAUUCAUAAUGAAUACAAGAGAGUAUUGAAUUUAUUUAAAAAAACAUACGGCAUUUGUUUAUUAAUACUAUUUGGAUUAUUACCUAUAUUGAUGACAAAAUUUGCUUUUGCCCCUGUUGUUGUUGAUAUGUUCAAAUUGACACCAUCUCAUACAUCUUAUUUGAUGACCUAUGCAGGCAUUUUAACCAUAUUAGCAGAAGGAAUAUUUGCUCCUUACUUGAGUUCAUUAUUAGGUGAUAUGAUAUGUUGUAAGUUCUCUAUACCUUUGACUUUAGCUGGAUUUCUAUUAUUAUCCUUAUGUGGUGCUAAUGAGUCCUUGGUUUUAAUCUUUAUGUCUAUACCUCUUUGUGGGGGGGCCUUGCUAUAUAUAUGUGGGACUAGCCAAAUGACAAAGAGAGUAGAGGAAUCUGAGCUUGGUUCAGUCAUUGGUUUAAACACUUCUAUUUUUUACGCUGUUACUAUAAUAGCGCCCUAUUUAGCCUUUAAGUCGUAUAUUUCCCUAGGCUUAGGCUUAUACUGGCUACUAUGCGCUUGCAUUUGCUUAGUGCUCACCACAUAUAUUUUCGUUCUUGAUAAGUCCACGUUACAAAUUUUUAAAGACGAUAGCGAUAGCUUGGAAACAAUGUUCUCCAGCAUAACGUCCAUUUUGUAG